GUCUGUGAAGGGAGGUGGGCUGGUGUUCUGGCCUUCGACCGGGAGAAAACAUGGACAGGAAGCGGGCGUGGAGGAUGAAGGAGAAAUUGUUUCAGCCUACUCUGAAAUGCUUCGCGAAGCUCAUCGAGGAGGAGAACACGAGGGUGGCCACUGAGCUGACAGCAGUGGGUUGCGCCCAACCCCGCGGCAUGAACAACGCACCGAACUUCCCGGGGCCGCCGAUAGAUGACAGCAGGGUGGAGGACAUGGACGGCGACUCCGCCAUUGGUCGCAGCUCGACCAGUCCCGAACCGGGAUUCAAGGUCAUCGAGGCCAGUCCAUGCAACAGCCUAUCAGACAAGGAGGAGAGUUUUGAGUGUCUCGGCCAGGCCAAAGACGCCGGCAAAAGCUCCGGCCACGCCAGCGGUCAGUCCCAGCCCAACGUGGACUUCAGCAAGCGGACCACCUGGCUGCGGACCAGCCUGCGCCGCACGCCCAGGAACAACGCCAGCGAGCUGCCGGCCCAUUUCCGACGUUAUGGCUCCAUGAAGCAAUCAAACAAGCGUUCGUCGCUGCCCUCCGGCAUAAGCAGCCCCGUGUACCGGACUCCCAGCUUCAACUCGUCGGGCCGAAGUUCCAACUGUGAUGGCGAGGACAUGUACUCAGAUAUCUCCAUAGAGGAUGACGUCAGCGACCUCAACCAGAAGGUGCAGGUGCUGGAGCGGCAGGUGACGGUGCUGGCGGAGAACCAGAACAACAACGAUGACCGGUACACGCGCAGCAAGGAGGAGAACGCCGGUCUGCAGGCGCGCCUCAUCAUGCUGGAGGAGCAGCUGCGCGAGGUGGAGCUGCGUUCGGAGGAGCAGCUGGACUCGGAGCGGAGACGACACAAGGAGCUGAUGCAGCGACUGGAGAGGGAGAAGACGCUGGAGCUGGAGAACCAGACCAUCAGGCUGCAGAGUCUGGAGAAGGAGGUGCGCUUCGCCGAGGCGGAGGCGGCGCGCGCGCGUCAGCAGCUGGAGGCGGCGGCGGCCGGCCGAGCCCAGCUGGAGGAGCGGCUGGCCGAGCUGGAGCUGGAGCGGCGCGGCCGUCAGGAGCUGGAGCAGGAGCGCACACUCCAGUCGCAGAUGGUGGCCGAGCUCUCCAGCGAGCUGGAGGACACGCGCCAGCAGGCCAGCCUGCGCCUCAAGACCGAGUCGGACGAGUCGGGCGUGAUGCGGCUGCGCCAGGGCGAGCUGGAGACGGAGCUGCGGGAGCUGCGCCAACGGAACAAAGAGCUGCAGGAGAGCAACGAGGAGCUGCAGGCGCAGCUGCUCUCUAACGGCCUAGAAGAGGGCCGACAGCUGCUGGAGUCGGGGCCCAAGAGCCUGGCCUUGGAGCUGGAGGACAUGUCGGGAGAGGAGCUGAAGAAGUCGCUGCUGGAGCAGCAGGACGUGAACAAGCAGCUGCGCACGUACAUCGACGGCAUCCUGCUCAGCAUCGUGGAGAACUAUCCGCAGCUGCUGGAGGUGAAGCACAAACAGUGAUAUGCACUGCCAGGGGACGCCACGCGCUCUGCCCGGCUGGGACCUCGCGACCGGUCGGAACGCUGACGUGAACAGUCCCCGAGCGCGCUGGACGACCGACCAGCCGCGGCUGACCUGUCGCCGAGGCGGGGGUCGCCGCGGGCACGGCGCGACGCCAGCUUCUCUCGCUCGGCCCCCUCCGGCACUGUGUCAGAGACUGUACUGCGGCGAGGCGGCGCCACGGACGCAUCACGCCCGACGCCGAGCAGCGGCGCUGCGCAGGGCGCAUGGGGCGCUGUGUCGCCUCCCGGUGGCGCCGGUCUGGUGCUCUCAGCGACUCUGUCGUCGCGCAGUGGUGCUGUGCGGUUUCUCUGCGCCACGCGCACAGCACCGCGACGAGGCGGCGUUGUGCGCUUUUGCAAGAGCCUGCGUCAAUGUCGUCACCUGGUGCAGGUGCUGCAGUGUUGAGCAUUGCUUCAGACACUGGUGGCGCUGUCCGGCCUGGGGGGAUACGUGGGAUGGUGUCGGCCAUGAGGCCGCCCCAGCCUCUGUGCCUCCUCCCAGAUUGGCGCUCUCUCGGCGGCGGAGGGCUGUGCGCUGUGGUGGACUGUUUUGCAGCAAGUCGUCGCUCUUGUUCCUUUUGUUGUGUCUUGGCGUUAUCAAGAAAAAAGUGGAUUACAGCUAAAUGUGUUGGAUCGGAUGGAUCAAAGGAAUAUCUCAGUAAUGCAUCGUGCAAAUGUGUGAGCACAAUGGAAUGCAGGGACUGCUGGUUAGAGACACCCAGGUGGGGUGUCAACUCUUUGUGUAGGAUGGAAAUUAAUUUGAUCGUGGCUCGAAAAGCUUUACGUGUGAGCGUACCACGUGCGUCAGUCACAAAAGUGUGAGAAUGAUGUAUUCCUGAUUUGUAUCCGGUAUAAUCCAGUACACGUGAGCGCAGCUGUAGAAUAUAUCGUGCAUCGAGA